AUGGUGUCAAACUUCAAAUCCCAAUUGUUGAUCUCAAGAGGCAUUGGCAAUGAUCACGCUCGGGAAGGAAUGGUGAAGGCAAUUAAAGAUGCAUGUGAAACAUGGAGGUUCUUUCAGAUGGUUUACCAUGGAGUUCCACUUGCUGUUAUGGAGGAGAUGCUUGAAGGUAUUUGUAGAUUUCACGAGCAGCCUGCAGAAGACAAGAUGGAUUUGUACUCUCGUGACUUCAAGAAUUCAGUCAACUUUUAUUGCAGUGGAGAUCUGAAAUUGCGUGCAAAAUCAGCAGCAGAUUGGAGAGACACCUUAUCUUGCAGAGCCGUAGAUGAUAAAUGGGACUUUGAAGCAUUGCCUCGAGUGUGCAGACGUGAAAUAAUACUAGUACUAGAAGCUGAAUCGGACCCAGUUGGAGCCAAAGAAAGCGGUGGAGAUUUGACCGAGUUGGUGGUUGGAUUCAUCAGAUUAAUCGUCAGACGCGGCGGUGCUACUGACCCGGUUGAGGGAGUUGAAUCGAAAGACGAGCUGAAGCUCCACCACUCAACGCUGUGGAUUUAUGUGUUUCCUUGGGUCAACCCGACAAUCCGACAUACAUGA